AUGGCGGACGAUGGCGAUUGGACGGUCGAGGAGAACACGGCAGUCGAGCCGCCAGUGGCAGAAAACGACGAGCUCUUCCGCGAGGCGUGCGCCUUCGAAGGCGCCGCGGUUGUCGCGCUAGUGGAAAACACACCCAACGGCGCGAAUGACGGCGGGGAUGGCGGAGGGGGGCAGGGCGGCGCGAAGACGAUGGAGAUUAUGCUUGACGACGGUGUGCUAUUAACGGUGGAGCUCGACUCCGGGGAGAAGCGGCUCAACGAGCUAGGGUACAAACAGGACCUCCAACGUGAUCUGAAUGCCUUCGAGCUCUUCGCCGUGUCGUUAACGGGAGUGGGGGUCUUCCUCGGGGUUAUCCCGUACUACGACUACGCCUUUGCAAGCGGUGGUCCGGUGAUGGCGGUAUGGUUCUGGUGGAUCACUGCUUUCUUCGCCCACUGCAUCGCCCUCUCUCUCGCUGAAAUCGCCUCUUCUUUCCCGACGGCUGGUUCUCUUUAUUUCUGGGCGGCAGCACUAGCCAAGCCCAAGUACCGUCCACUCGCUGCCUGGAUCACAGGCUGGUUGGAAUUUCUCGGGGCGUCCAUCGGCUCAGGAGGCGUGGCGCUGGGAGGGGUGCUGCUCCUUAGCGACCUAAUUCUUCUCGCUACAGGUGGUGCCAAUGGUGGUGGAUACAUGAUGUCAGAGCCAGUGCAGUUCGCCUGCUGUGUGUUCAUUGUGCUCGUGUGUGCGCUCAUCAAUCUGCUUCCCAUUAAGAUGGUCGGCCGCGUGCUGCUGGUCGGCAUGAUCAUCCAGGUGCUAGCGGGUGUGAUAACCAUAAUCACGCUCCCUCUCGUCGCACCAACACUGCAGCCAGCGUGGUGGGUCUUCGGCCAUCUCGAUUUCAACACAGCAAAUACCAACAUGCCUAGCAACGGCUAUGCCGUGCUGGUGGGUCUCUUGAUGUCUCAAUACGCCCUCUACUCUUUCGACACCGGAGCACAUGCAUCAGAGGAGGCCAAGCGGUCCGAUUUGACCACCCCCAUUGCGAUGGUGGGGGCGCUGACGCUGGUGUCGUUUCUGGAGUGGGCGGUGGUGGUGGUGCUCACGUUCUGCAUUCAGGACGAAGCCACUCUGCUGGAUGGGCAGAACGCUGCGGGCGGCAAGCCGGUGAUUCAGAUCCUCUGGACCAUCUUCAAUGGGAGGUACGGCAGCACAGCAGGGGUCUAUGUCUUCAUCUGCCUCUUCUUCUCCUCCUUUUUCUUCUGCACCAUCACUCUCGUCUUCGCGGCCUGUCGUGUGGGCUACGCACUAGCACGCGACAAAGGUCUACCUUUCUCCUUUCUGUGGCGGCGCAUCAACAAGCGCAAGGUGCCCAUGAACGCACUCAUGUGCACCGUGGGCAUCGCCAUCGUGGCGCUGCUGCCUCUGCUGGGUGGCAGCACUGCGUACUUUGCCGUCACCGGCAUGGCCACGGUGGGGUGGUUCGGCGCGUACGGCGUGCCCAUCCUCUUUCGCAUCCUGCAAGACGAUGGGGACUUUGUGCCCGGGCCGUUUUAUUUGAAGAACUACUUUGGCACGAUUGGAAGGUGA